UCACACCUUCUCAGCGGCAUAUAAAUAAAGGAAACACAGUGCAUUUCUUCAGAGUCUUAUUGAAUCAAACAGCAGAGAGUUUCGUGCGCAUCUGAAAUCAGAAUAUCCACAUCUAUAACCACUUGAAUAGAAGCCGCCAACAGGCCAAAUAGGAUAUGAAAACUCUAUGGAGAAUAGUUAUUUUGGUGGCUUUAGCCCACCAGGUCAUGUCGCUUGCCAUAGAAAAAGUGGCCGAGAAAAAGAAGAUGGUUUGUUAUUACGGUAGCUGGGCAGUAUAUCGUCCCGGUAACGGCAAGUUCGACGUCGAAAAUAUUGACCCGUUCCUCUGCACACACAUAGUCUACGGUUUUACUGGUUUGGGAUCAGACAACACGAUCAAACCCCUCGACCCCUACAAUGACCUUUACGAAAACUGGGGAAAAGGAGCUUUCCUAAGAUUCACGGGACUGAAGAAGAAAAAUCCUGAACUCAAAGCUCUCAUUGCUAUCGGUGGAUGGAACGAAGGAUCGCAGAAAUAUUCAUUGAUGGCAUCUGAUCCAGCAAAGAGAGCAAUCUUUGUAAACUCGGUGGUGAACUUUCUUAUAACCUACAAUUUCGAUGGGUUUGAUUUCGAUUGGGAAUACCCUGGAAAUCGAGGUGGUGCCAUAAUAGACAAGAUCAACUUCGUGCUUUUACUUCGUGAACUGAAGUCGGCGUUUGCUCCAUAUGGUUUUCUUCUUACCGCAGCUGUGUCUCCCGGCAAAUCAACAAUUGAUUCCGCUUAUGACAUUCCUGCAGUGGCAAGUGCUUUGGAUCAAAUUCACUUGAUGGCGUACGACUACCACGGGAGCUGGGAGACCUACACAGGAUUGAACGCGCCCUUGUACGCCAAUCCCAGUGUGGAAAGCGGAAGCAAUUUGUUGUUGAACGUCAACUGGACUGUAAACUACUGGAUUUCAAAUGGUGCUCCUGCUUCCAAAAUCAUUUUGGGUAUGGGUUUGUAUGGCCGUGGCUUCACGUUGGCUUCGCCGACUCAAAACGGUUUCUAUGCUUACGCUCCGCAACCGAUUACCGCUGGACCUUACACUCGGGAAUCUGGAACUUGGGGUUACAACGAGAUUUGCGAAAAGUUUAAGGCCGAUCCUUCGUGGACUGUCGUUCGUGACUCCUCUUACCUAACACCAUAUGCAUUCAAAUCUAGCCAAUGGAUCGGCUACGACGAUCAACAAUCUCUUACAAUCAAAGCCCAGUAUGCUAGUUCGAUGAAUUUGGGAGGAGCUAUGGUCUGGUCGAUGGAAACGGACGAUUUCAGGGGUCUCUGCCACAAUGUACCUUUCAUCCUUAUUAAAACCAUCUACGAAUCUAUGAAUGGACCUAUCGUCACUCCUUCACCAGUUACAACUACCUCGACAUUGUCGACAACAACAAAAGCCCCAAUUACAACCACUACAACCCCAAGAACCACGACGACCACAACAACCCCUGUGACGACUACAACUACUAUAAUCACAUCAUCACCUUCUUCACCCAGUACAACUACUCAGGGCACCACUAUUUGCGGUCCUACAAGUUCUAUUACAACUACAAAAAGUCCAUCAAUUUACACGACAUUGCCACCAAUAACCACGACAGGCGGAGCACCUCCACCGAAUACGCUUUGCAAAAGUGAAGGCCUCAAUCCAGAUCCCAAUGACUGCGGAAUCUUCUACACUUGCAUCAACAACGGCCAGGGUGGAUGGACGAUUUACACGCAGCGAUGUGCCAAUGGAACCGCAUUCAGUUACGAACUGAACACGUGUACCUUCCCAAAUCAGGUUCCAGGAUGUGAAAAUUAUACCGGUUGAUUGAAAUCGCGCCACAUUAUGUGUCACUAUUUUUUCCGAUUUAUCUGAUUAAUUUUUUUAAACAAAGAAUAUACGAUAACAAAAAUCAAUUUAAACAAAAUUUUCUGUAGUCAAAAAAGUAAAUUUGUAUAAUCACCAGAUAAUCACAUGAUUUAAUUUUUUAAAUAGUUAAAUAAAAGCAAAUUACAAUCGA